UCACAUUUCUUGAACCCUAAAAUUUCUUUAAACCCUCCAUCCUCUGUGAAUCUUGAACCCUAGAAUUUCUUUAAACCCUCCAUCCUCUGUGAAUCUUUCUCUGUUUAACCAAAAGGGGUUUUGUUUUGAUGGAGUAUUUCAAUUCUCUGCCAGAAGAGAUUACGCUGGACAUUAUCAGUCGACUACAAACCGAAUGGGUUCUCGAGUGCAAACUGGUUUGCACAAAUUGGAGAAAUCUUAUUCGCCAUCCAUCGUUCUCCAAAAAGCAAUUACAUCAUCUCAAUCAUCCUGCGGCUGAUUCUGGUAAGAUGGGUUUCAUUGCUGUUACUUAUUUUAAGGGGGAGAAUGAAAAUUCUCAGUAUUUUGAACAUGAGAAUUUUCGGUAUUUUGAGUAUAAUGAAAAUCAUGAAUCCGUUGAUAGAAUUACAAAGUUUAAUUUCAAGCUUCCGUUUGGGAACGAUAUUGAAUUUAUUGGCUCCUGUAAUGGUUUGAUCUGUCUUCAUCACAGCAGAUACUCCUUACCAGGAAAAACUUGUAUUUGUAACCCCAUUACUAGACAGUAUAUUAUGCUCCCAGAAAUUAACAUAGUUGGAAUGGUUCGUGAGACAAAUCAUGGAUUUGGUUACGUUUCUUCAACCAAUGAUUACAAAGUUGUAAGAAUAAUGUCUGUGGAAGAGACCAAGUUUAAGGAAGUUCACGUGUACACUCUAGGGAGUGGAAAUGGGUGGAGAAACCUUGGAAAGUUUGAUUUUGGAGAUUUUGGAGGAGGUGUAUUUUUCAGUGGAGCUCUUUAUUGGCUGGACUAUGAAUUAAAAAUGAUAGUUCACUUCGAUUUAGCUGAGGAAAAGUUUUGUAAACUUCCUUUGUCACCACCUCCUUUGUCAAACAGUGAUUCUUAUUAUAGACUACGGGUUUUGGAUGGGUGUUUGUCUUUUGCUAUUGGUAGAUAUGACUAUGAAUUCGAAGCAACAUGUUGGGAUGUUUGGCUGUUGAAAAACACGGAUGAUAAUCAUGGCAUGAAAGCGCGAGAGGGACUUCAGUCAUUGGGUUGGAGUAAAGUGUUCAGGGCUUGUGGUGACGAAUUGUUUGCUGUUACGAAGAGUUCCGAUGUCUUAACUCACAGUGGUAAACAUAUAAACAUUUAUGACCCAGAAGCUUCAACCUUGAAAAUGAUUGUGGAUCUUAAAGAAUUUAUUAGUGGAGUAUUCACUCACAAGAACACCCUAGUUUCAUUGAAAGAAUUUGGGGAAGAAGGUAUGAAGAUAAUGGAAUCAGUUGAAAUUGCAGAGUCAGAAAGCCAUGAUUGGCCUUUCAACCAGCUGUAGGAGGACGAGACCCUGGAUACCUACGUAUAAACUGGAAGAAAAAUGGAUACCACCAGUCAAAGAGCAGCUAAAACUCAAUUUUGAUGCUUCAUUCUUGAAAUCUACAGAUGAAGUGGGGUGUGGGCUAAUUUUGCAUAAUUAUGCAUGUGUCUUUGAUGGAGUAGAUAAGGAGCAAGCAGAGGCUCUAGCAGGGCUGGAAGCUACUAAAUGGAUUAAAAGCAAGCAUCUCUGGUUUGUAUUUGGAGGGGACUGCGGGAAUGUAGUAGAAGUAAUAAAUGUUUCAUUCACUAGUGUUUCUUGGACUACAAAUAUUAGUGUGAUCGGAAAUGUUCCUAUGCUAAAAGGAUAGCUAAUGAAUAGUCGGCUGACGAGCUUGCCAAGUAUGCUAGAGGUCAGAAAUUAUGUGAUAGUCAAUGGUUCGUAUCUCCACCUUCCUGUAGCAUCAGGAUCUUGGAGGAACAAAGGAACGUAAUUUCUUAAUUUUGAUGGAACUUAUUUCUUGUAAAAAAACGGAUAUAUCACAAAAUAGAUUUGGAGUCUCGAUGACAGAUUUUAG